AUGAACAUCUUUUUAAUAUUUUUAAUAUUGCUCAAAUGCUUAUUUUUAGUGGUAAAUUCAGCACCAACUGACCCAAGAUUAGUACAUGCCACUGUUGUGGUUAACAACAAAUUAUAUGUAAUGGGUGGUGUCUUUGAUAGUCUACCAUUAAAAGAAUUUUUUUCUCUUGAUUUGUUACAACCAUUUGAUACAACAACUCCACCAUGGAAGGAUUUAACUGAAACUUCACCAUUGCCAGGAUUAUCAGCAUGGGCUAAAGCUAGUUCCAACACUAAUAAUGAUACAAUAUUUUUGUUUGGUGGUUUUAUGCUUGAUCCUGUAACUGCUGAUUUUAAUUUGAAAAGUGUGGUUUACACCCAUGAUUUUAAAAGCAACCAAUGGUUAGUAAACCCACCUGCUUUUCAAGGAAUGGCACCUGAAGCACGUAGAGAAUUUGCAAGUGUUAGUGAUCCAUUGACUGGAAAAUUAUAUAUUCAUGGUGGAGUACAUGAUCUGAGUAUUCCUACUAGCAUUUAUUUUGACAACUUUUUUAUUCUGGAUGGAAAUAAUUUAUCCUGGAGUCAAAUUGGAAAAACUGGUCCAAAUAUUCCACCUCCUAGGGUUGACCAUGUUGCUGUAUUGAUUGCUAAUGGAGUAAUUGUUUUUAUUGGUGGAUUUGAUUACUCUAUUACUACUAAGUAUACAACUGCA